AAUGAAUUUUCCUAGAUUUACAAUAAUCAGGCUAAUUACUGUUUUACUUUUAUUGUUUCUUUAUUUUGUUCUUCAAUCGGACUACUGGUUCUCUCAGAGAACAUAUAUCUUGCCUAAACUUCACGAAAAGUCGAGUAAUCGCAGCUCUCUUCCAUUAAAGUCUGCUGAAUGGCAUAUAUUCUAUUCUCAAGGUACCAGUUUAUACGUUCACAGAGCAAUAUACGAUAGUAGAAAAUUUGAAAAUUGGCAAAGCCCUUGCGUAACGCUCUAUGUUCUUAGUAAUGUGAGGAGGGUGAAGUCUAUAGGAUCCAUCUUUUGUAAGUAUGGGAAUGCGAAGGAGGUUGAGGCGGUGGUCUUGUGGACUAACGAAGCGUAUAGGUAUCCUUUUACGGGCCUCCAAGAAUACGUUAUUCAUUGCCCAAUAAAUGUUCAAAUAGUACCAAACCGAAUAAAAAUUCGAAAGGAGAAGGAAGUGGCAGAACUCACUAUUGAAAAACCUCAACCAGGUAAUGAAGUUAUAUCAGUAUGCGUACCAAUUACAUAUGGUUCUUUCGAUACAAAACAACUAAUUGAAUGGUUCGAAUUUCUGAGAUUCUUCGGUGUUAGAACAAUUGAUAUAACUAUUUGGAGAGUUCCUGACAAUGUUCUCAAAGUUUUCAAGUAUUACGAACAGCAAAAUGUUGUCUUUAUUAAUAAAAUGGAAUUACCUUUCAAGGUCUCAAUUGAUUCAAGGCAGAAUAAAUUAAAGCCUAGCCGUAAGCCUUAUUUAAUAAAGGCGUUUAUGCCAAUGGCUCUAAAUGAAUGUUUUAUUAUGAAUCAUCUUCGCUCAAAAUAUGUUUUAUCACUCGAUUUCGAUGAGCAUAUUAUCAUGAAUUCGUCACAUUUUUCAAGUUUUCACGAGCUCAUUCAGAGCUAUGAAAAACCAGGAUUAGUUCAAGUGGAACUUUGCAAAUUAAGAUACGAUGUCAGUUGUAAUAUGAAAGUAGACGAUAAAUAUUUUAUUUUUCAGCAUAGAUAUAGGCAAAAUAUAUCAUCUGCUUCAGUUCUCGAUAACCCCAAAUCGUUUAUAACUACUUCAAAUUGUCCAUAUAUUGGCAACCAUUUUUGUGUAUGGUAUAACGAAAAGAGUCAGAAAGAGUUCCCAAAAGUAAAGCUCCAUUUGGCUCAUAUAGCUCACUACCGAAAGUGGAAAACUUGCGGCGAGGAGCUUGAAUAUUUUGAAUUGGAUGAUGCUUUACUUCCUUUCAAAUCAGAUUUAACUGCAAGAUUCGAUAGAGAGAUGCGAAAAUACCAAGAAUUUUACAAGUUAAACUAA